ACUCUUAACAUAGAUGUCUGAAGAAGCACAUCUAUUUUUCUUCACUUCUCAAUAUACAGUCUUCUUCAUCAACAUUGUGCUUUAUCAAAACAGGUUGAAUACUUUUCCUACUUGUUUCAUUUUUAUUAGGGACUCAAUCCCUUAGCCUUCCCUUUGGAGAAACACAAAAAAAAAAACCCAAGUAAAUUUGGAGCUUGAAACUGGACUGACCCAAGCCCCCCAUCCAGCAUUUGAAAGACCCUGUUUUCUUCUCUUCCUGAAACUUUUACUGGACAGGAGGACCUACAAAUUGAUGCCUACAAAGAAAGUAUAGAAUUUGGGAAGCAAGAAGACUUUAAGAAGGAUAAUUCUGGGAAAUACUAGAUUAAGAAAAGAAGAAAAAGGAAAAGUCCUCUAGUCAGCAUGAGAAAGAAAAAUCUCCAGCAGACCAAUGGGGAGAAGAAAGAGGACAUUACCAGAUGCAGGCCAAGUCCGGCCACUUCGAAAAGGCCUUCAUCCCUAUUCUAAUAAGGUGAUGUCACCCCGGUCUCCAUACCAGACUGAAUCAUUAGAGGAAGAAGACCUCCAGUCAAAGCCUCUACUGAUGCCCCAUGUCAACUACAAUACCAAAAAUAAGUUCUUUCCACAACCUGACCAAAAGACCACAGCCACACCUUCUUCAAACCUCAAACAUCAGGCUAGAGAUAUGUUAUUACCACCAGCUGAGCACCGGGAAAAGACUGUGUCAUUACCACAGCUUGAUCACCCUAUCAUAGCCAAAUCAUCACUUCCCAAACACUUAAACAAAACCACAGUUUUACCCCUAAAAUGUCUUGACUGCAAGGAUGGUGAAAAUUCUGUGUCUUUAGCACGACCCAAACAUUGGUGUGAUCCAGACACUUGGGCUGAGCCUCCAUCUCACCCCAACAAACUUCCUAAGGUUCCAUUGGCCCCAAAUCAUCUGUCUAAGAUUCAACAAGCCUCUGAACACUGUACUGGGGCCCUAUUGUAUCGUAGCCAACAGCUUAGGCAUUCCUCAUAUCCUGAUAGUCAGGACAACACCAGAAUAUAUGCAGACUAUAAGAGGCGGACCACACCUAUGUCCCCAUUAUGUUCCAAAUUUGAAACUAAGACUACAACUUUACAACUACCAUGCCAUAGUCAUCAUAGUAAAGCUUCACAAAACUUAACAGUCUACCAAAAGGCUAAGACUUCGCUUUUACAGUGCCAAAAUCACCGGCUCAGAGUUCAACCAUUACCAUGCACAGACUAUAGUUUCAAGACCAAAGCUAAACCAUUGUCAGGUCCUAAUCGCUGGGCAAGGGAUAUAGCUGUUCCAUCACCAUGUCCAAUGCAUGGCUCUACAAUGAUGGUUGUGCAAUGUAUAGGCUCCAAUAACUCAGAAAGGACCAGGACUAUGUCAACAGGCCCUAACCAUUCAUCUAUCCCUAUCCAGUGUAAUCAACCUUCCUCUGUACCCUCAUCUGUCCCUGAAUUACCCCUACGGGAUGCUGAUUAUAAGGUCAAGGAGAUAUCUAUACCUUUGCCACAUCCUGAGCAAGAAGCUGUAUUUUCUAUAGAUUCUGAGCAUCAAAUUGAAGCUGGACAAGAUGAUAGCCCCAAGAUCACAGUUUCAUCAUUGGACUCAGACCAGUCAGCUUUAAUUCCAUUACAUCCCAACCAAUGGACUAAGAUUGUAUCUGACCCUGAUCAAUGUAUUGAAGCUCUGCAAGACCCCAACUUCAAAGCUGAGAGUGCUCUAAACCAAGAAAAAUGUGUUGAAAUUAUACCUCAGGUUGAGACUCAAGUGAACCAAGAUUGUAGGAUUAAGUCUCCAACUGGCUUGAGAUACCAAGUAGAGGUUCUUACGGAGCCUGAUCAGCAAGGCUACCCUUUACCAGAUAUAAAAGAAAAAGUAAAAACUGAAAUGGAAUUAGGCGAGCAAGUUGAUCCUCGAAAGAGCUAUUGUGAACAGGCCCAGGACGAAUCAAGACCCAAACACUGGGGUGAAAUUCCACUGGUCCCAGAACAACAGGACCAAAUUUUAUCAGCCCAAGAUCAUCAGCUGGAGGUUACAUCAGACCAUUAUCAGGGGACCACAACUCUACUUGUCCCUCGGUACAGGACUGAGGCUCAACUAGGCUGUGACCACUUGUCAGGAGUGAAAGCAAAAAACCAAGCUACAUCUCCUCUGGGUAUGCAUCAUUUAGGAGAAGGUUCAUCAAAUCUGAAAACUCAGGCCACAUCUUUACCAGACCCUGAUUUAGAUGACAAACCUCCCUGUGCUGAACUCCAAGCUACAACUAUAACAGGCCAUACCCAACAAGAGAAGACUCCAGCAGACUCCAGGUUUCUAGCUUUACCUCAUGAGAGCCUAAACCACUGGGGUAAGAUACCAACAUACAAUGAGGAUGGGGUUGAACUUUUACCCAGUGCCUAUUACCAUGCCAAUGCAGUGCAAAAAAUAGAGUCUUCAUGGUGUUUCCUAUACAUUAAACCAUAUAUCAUUGAAGGUGGAACUAUUUCUGAUGGAACUGUUGACAAGAUCAUCAAUUCUAUCCCCCAGGAGAAAAUUAAAAAUGACAUACAAAAGAUUCUUCUAGAGCAGACAAAAGGAUGCCCUGCUCCUCAGACUGGCCACAGUCUAUCGUCAAAUUAUAACAUUUGUUUACUUUGUGCCUCCUGGAUCCCACAUGGCUGUUGCCACGUUAAUGAAAUAAAUUAUCACUGUUGUAAAGCACAGCUGGUGGCCACACCAACACUAAUUGCUGGUUCUAAGGUGAAGAUUGCUAUUAAAUUUGUUCUUAAACUUCCUAAACAGCAGCCUUCCUCUACAUUUUGCCUUACCUUACCCCGUUAUGAUAUGCCUGGCCCAUCAAAGCCAUUACUUCCUUUUCCAUCACCUUUCUGCUCAGAUACUACUCCACACUGGAAGGCUCCAAUGGUCACCUGGUUUGAUUAUAUAUGUGGCAAAAAUCAUUACUUAACUGAGAGACAAACUUCUAGAAGUCAGCGGUCAUUCCUAGGGAAAAUGUCUGAGCAGAGCAAUGCCACCGGAGAAGAAGAGGCAAGGGGUUCUGGGAGAGUAUUUAAAUCUCUACUAGAGAAAUUUCAAAGAAAGAGAAGAACAAAUUAAAAAGACCGUAAUUCUCUUCAAAAACAAUUGAUCCCCUGUAUACCUUUA